AUGCAGGUGCACCUGGGACCGUUCAGGUCCACGCUGAAGCUCUUCAGAACAGCCGAGUUCCAGGCUGAACGAGCCAUUGCCGUUUUCCAGGCGACGGAACUUGCAUUUGUUGAGCAACACCUCAUGGGAGACAGCCUCAACUUCUCGUUCCUUGGAGCCUGGCUCUCCAACUCCUCAGCUCCUGAAGCCCCCGCCAUCCACACGCUGGACGCAGUGGCCUUGCAGGAAGGGCCCGGAGUGGUUCGCAUCAGGACCCAGUUGAGGGUUUGCCCAGAUUGCUAUUUGCACCUGCUCAGCAAGGUCGAGAUGAAAGGAAGGCGGCUAGUGGAAGAACAUUACUCCGCGGACUACAUUGCAGUUCAAGUGCUCCCUCCUCAGGACUCCGAGGUGAUCGGCGACGCCCAGACGCCAUUCAUUCCGAUUCUGGUCAUCGUUGUGGGGUUCUUCUUGUGCAUCCUGGGUUUCGGCUUCUGUGUGCUCCGCCGCAAGAGGAAGCGCCCCUUCUCCUACAUGGAGAUUCUGCCUGCCUUUCGCCUGGGUCGAAGUGACCUGGAGGCAGCCGGUGCGGCUGCUGGCAGCCAUCCAGCUCCUCCAGCUGCCCCUCUUCCUCCAGGCGGCGUCGCUCAGACCGCCUCCACGGCUUCACUACAGCUUGAGGUGCACCAGGAGAUCCGCGCCAGCAUGCAGGAGCUCUUGGACAUGGCUCCCCCAGAUCAGCUGGGGAAGGGCCGCGAUGCCACCGCCAGGGCGGGGUACAACAGGCUUCGGCUCCAGGAUGUUUGGCGCAUCAGUUGCGGCCUUCAUGAGACGAGCUUUGCAAACGAACGGAGCAAGAUACAGAUGGCACCGGCCUGUCUGGGAGCACUUGGAGGUCGAUUUCCGAUGGUGGAAGUGGAGCUGGACGCCGCAAUGAAGAACCUCAAGGACAUGAUCGGCACCGACCCUGCCAUCAACGAGACCAUUCUCCUCCACGGCACAAAUGCUAAAACACUACAAAUGAUUCUCCAUGAAGGGCAACCCGACCUUUUCUUGGACCCGCGCUUCACCAGGGUUGACAUGUUUGGCCGAGGAGUCUAUUUUGCAGAAAAUGUUUGCAAAACAGACCAGUACGCCACUCCUGGAUUGGCGCCCCAACAAGAUCACAAACUCACGAAGCUUCUGUACAGCAAGUUCGGCAAGGCAGCUUCCAGCAAGGAGAUCCACUUCGUCUUUGUCUGCAGGGUGAUCUUGGGGCUGGCAGCUUUCACACAAGAGGCGAAGCCGUGUCCAGCAAUGGCUGGCAAGGAGGAGACAAGCCUUGCAAAGACCGGCACGAAUCUCUUGGAGCAACCAUAUGCGCAACUGGUGACAGUCCCCAACACCGACCCUCCUUUUAGAUACCAUUCCUUGGUGGCAGAGACUGGUGGCGCUAUCGCGCGAUUUCGAGAGUUCGUGGUCUUCGAAAAGAAUGCGGUGUUGCCAAUAUUCCUUGUGGCCUAUACACGCGAGGCUGAGUGA